CAACUACCUACUAGUUAACAGGUUGUCCCCAGCGGUGCGUAUCCUGUCUUCUCUGCUCAUCAUCUUGGCUGUUUUCAUAGUGACCACGGUCAUGGUCAAGGUGGAUUCGUCUGGCUGUAGAGAGCAGUUCUUCUUUGGGACUUUAGCCAGUGUUGCUAUUGUCAGUGGGGCAUCCAACCUCUUCUCUGGCUCUGUGUUCGGGAUCAGUGGGCAUUUCCCCAUGAGGAUAUCACAGGCACUCAUAUCAGGCCAGGCUAUGGGUGGUACUAUCAGUGCAGUAGCCUCCAUAGUGGACUUGGCAGCAGCUAAAGAUGUGACUGACAGCGCUCUAGCUUACUUCCUGACGGCUGAUGUCUUCAUCCUUCUCUGCAUCAUCAUGUACCUGCUGCUGCCCAAACUGGCUUACUCACGGCACUACAUGCUGGCAGCAGAGUAUAACAGGUCAGGGUCUCUACCAGAGCCCCGUGGUGAGCCYGACGGCCAGGAGGGGGCACCAGCAAGCACGGUCUCCUCCGUGUCCAUCCCUCCUCUCAAACCCAUCCUUCAGAAGACAUGGCUCCUGGGUCUCUGUGUCUUCUACGUCUUCUUCAUCUCUAUAAUGGUGUUCCCUGCCGUCUCCUCUGGGAUCCAGCUUCUUCCUCUAUAACGUGGCUGACUUCUGUGGUCGUCAGGCCACGGCCUGGCUGCAGGUUCCAGGCCCCACCAGUAGAGUCCUCCCUGCCCUGGUCCUCUCCCGGACAGUCCUGGUGCCUCUCCUCAUGUUCUGCAACUACCAGCCCAGAGACCACCUUCACACGGUCCUCUUCAACCACGACCUCUUCCCUGUCUUCUUCAUCUGUCUCCUGGGCAUCACCAACGGGUACCUGGGCACCUUGCCCAUGAUCUACGGGCCCAAGGUGGUGCCACGGGACCUGGCGGAGCCCGCAGGCGUGGUGAUGAGCUUCUUCCUGACGUUGGGACUGGCUGUGGGAUCGGCCUUCUCUGUGUUGAUGGUACACUUCAUCUGAAGAGGAGACAGGAGUAGGAGGAGACAUUUACAUUUAAGUCAUUUAGCAGACGCUCUUAUCCAGAGCGACUUACAAAUUGGAAAGUUCAUACAUAU